CGUUCCCAGGCAGUCUGAGGAGCGACGCGCUGCAGCUCGGCGACGCCGCUACCAGACCAGGCUUCCGAACUAAGCCUUCGCGGGAUCGAAUUGGCUGUACGGCAGUCACCCGAACCGCGGCCCGCUUGCGGUCAGAGGAAUCAGGGCCCUACCCGGCCGCCGUAGCGACCUCUCUGUAGUGGGCGGGGCCGAGGCCGGGGUGACCCCGCGGGAGCCACCUCUGCCAGCAACAUGUUCAAGGUAAUUCAGAGGUCUGUGGGGCCAGCCAGCCUGAGUCUGCUCACCUUCAAAGUCUAUGCAUCACCUAAAAAGGAUUCACCUCACAAAACUUCCGUGAAGGUUAAUGAGCUUUCACUCUACUCCGUUCCCGAGAGUCCAUCUAAAUAUGUGGAUGAGCCAAGGACCCAACUUGAAGAAAGCAUCUCACAUAUCCGACAUUAUUGCGAGCCAUACACAAGUUGGUGUCAGGAAAUGUACUCACAAACUAAACCCAAGAUGCAGAGCUUGGUUCAGUGGGGGUUAGACAGCUAUGAAUAUCUCCAAAAUGCACCUCCUGGAUUUUUUCCAAGACUUGGUGUUAUUGGUUUUGCUGGCAUUCUUGGACUUCUUUUGGCUAGAGGUUCAAAAAUAAAGAAGUUGGUGUAUCCCCCUGGGUUCAUGGGAUUAGCUGCCUCUCUUUAUUAUCCACAACAAGCCAUCGUGUUUGUCCAGGUCAGUGGGGAGAAAUUAUAUGACUGGGGUUUACGAGGAUACAUAGUCGUAGAAGAUUUGUGGAAGGAGAACUUUCAAAAGCUACAUAGCUGACUGAAUGUUGCCCAUGUUUGCUGGAACACUCUACUCUGAUAAUGAAGAACGGGUAUAGAACAAGGCAUGGUGUUUCCUCCAAGCACUUGGAGGCAUUGCGCAAGAAGGAAGAACUAGGGUUCUUACGUUAAUAUACCUUCUACGUUAUAGAUUGAAGAAUGUUCUUUUUGACUUCUCUCAUCUCAAAUAAAAAAACUCUUUGAAAAUAUGAAGAACUAUCUCCAAAUUGAAAUCCAGAAUUUUGAACUGGAACUUGGAUGUAACAUUAUAGAAUAAAUUAUAAGCCCUCCUCGUUGUUUACAUAAAUCAUCUUCCAAUGAAAUCUUAAGGCUUAUUUUUGUAUUAGUGGUAUCUAAAGGAAUUAGUCUCUACUGAGCCUGUUCAAGCUAGCUUUGGCGAGGAAGUUCUGUAUUAAUAUCAAGUGCCGUUUGGCAAUUCCCUUUAAAGAAUAAACACUCUUAGUUUUGUUUUCAUUCCUCUGAUAUUUUUUUUGGAAGCUUGCUUUCCUGUUUAAAGAAUUCCUUAAGUCCACACUGAGUUUUAUAUGGGAAAGGAAAUAGAAUGUCAGGUAAGCUAUACACAGCCCUAGAAAGAAAGGUGGAAAAUGAAACUCAUCCUCCGUUCCAAGUGGUCACUGUGGUGUUAGCGCAGAUACGCGUGAACUGAAGCCAUUUGCGGGGGGGGGGGGGGGGGGGGCGUGUCUCCUGGGAGCCUCCGAGUGCUCACUUGAGGUGCCCGUUGGCAGCCUAGACUCACUGCAUGUGAAAGCCGAGGAGGGGAUCCCCACAGAGCCGCUAGCUUGGAAAGAGCUUUUUCUGCUCUAGAAUCCAGCCCAGGGCAGAAACAACGGGACUGUGGCUGGAAUGCAAGUUAAACAGGCCAGCAUUUUAUGCCAGGAAAUGUGAAGAAUUCACCUGGAAAUAAGUAGACUGCUCCAUGGCUCUGCCCAUUUUAAUCAGUUAUAGGUAAACAUUGGAAACUCCAUGCGGUAAACCAGUAUUUCUACAGAAAAAAUGGCAGAGAAGUCAGUACUGAAUGUAGUAAAUUGGCUUUCUUCUUCAGGAAAAACUAAACGAGACUUCUUUGUUAUCUUGGGUGAUACCAUACUCCAAGUGGACUAAUUGGAAAUCUUUUCACCUAGAGAUAAUGUCCAGCCUUAGAGCUCGUCACUCUCAUGUUGCUAUUUAUAUACGUAAUUAAAAUUCCAAGUUAAA